AUGAAGAGCCGGGAACCAAUAUGUCUGCUGUCAGGGCCACUCGGCACUACAAUCAGGACGCGCUCUCUCAUUGGUGGGCAGGCCGACCCUCCAGCACCCUCGGCAAGUGCACCAGUCGGGCGAGAAAUAGAUUCGCCGGUAUACAUCACCGCCAUUAAGAGCACUGUCAAUUCCAGGAGAGCGGGGGACCCCGUGGCCGAGUCAGAAUUUCAAUUUUUAGCCCGUGAGCGUCAGUCUUUCCUGACAGAGGACAAAAAGUGGAGGUUGAGAGGCAGCAUGGCGGAGGCGUUGGUCGGGUCGGUGGCACCAGUACCUCGCCAGGUCGGCUGUGGUCAGGUCGCACCCCCGUCGCAGGUCACACCGCCCUACGCCGAGUUCUUUACCUCCCUGCCCCAGAGUCACACGCCCCCGGGCCAGUACUCCCACGUCUAUACCCACCACCCCCAGCAGCAGCAGCAGCAGCAACAGCAACACCAGCAGCAGCAGGGGCGAGGAGACCUGGGCAGCAACAGCCCCCCUAACAACGUAGGCACUUGUCUGAGCCAGCUGGGGCACGUGGUCAGCCAGGUGGUCAAUGCCCCAGUCCAGCUAGGUGACUACGGCAACGCCUUUACAGCUGGUGUCGCGGCGGUGCAGGUGACGGCAGGUGGUGCUGUCCCCGUCAACAACAUUAACACCAGCACUAGCAACACCAGCACUAACAGCAGUAACAGCGUCAGCAGGCAGGUCAACAGCAGCAUGCAGCAGCAGCAGACCGCCUACUGCGAGGACGAAGAGCUCCCCUCCUGUGCCUUCGCCCACCCACACCUACAUGGCCUCCCCUUCCUAGUGCACGGUGAUGAUGGUGAGGACGAGUACUACACGACGGGGUCUCCGUAUCGUGUACAACGUCACGCCGCCAACAUCAGGGAGAGAAAACGCAUGCUCAGCAGUAUAAACUCAGCCUUCGAGGAGCUGCGUACACACGUGCCAACUUUCCCCUACGAGAAGCGGCUCAGCAAGAUUGACACCCUGCGCCUGGCCAUUGCUUACAUCGCCCUCCUGCGGGAGCUCCUAACCUCCGACCUUGAUCCAGUCACUCACAUUGAGAAGGGACUCCGAGGGGAACUGUCCUCAGACCAGUGUCACAUGUGGAACACCAGCGACUUGACGGCCCGCCUCUCCUGGAUCAACUGGGAGAACCUAGGAGUGAGCCCCAGCCGACGAUCCAUCUUCUCCUCCAUCUCGCUUACCUCAGAAUCCCUCAACAAUUGAUCACAAUGAUUGAGGGGAGGGAAGAUAAAGGUCAGGCGUCACAACAUGGCGAAGAGACUUGUAUGAAACGUCCAAACGAUCAAACGGUGUAAAACGGAAGAGAGAAGAUAUACCUUGGCCGUCAUACAGGAGAUAGGACUUUUACAUUUUAUGUUACGUAAAGUUGGGAAGCUUUACUCUUGGCCUUAACUAAGAGUGACAACACCUCUCCUUGGCGUCAUAUCGAGAGGACAAAAAUACAGGUGUCACAUUAUGGUCGUUUAGCUGAGGGGAUGGGUGAAAUCUCCCAGCCGUUGCGUAACACAAAGGAAGCAACAUGUUCAUUGUUGACAUUACAAGUGCUGUCGAGACGUGUACUGUAUUUUCACUUGAUGUCUUGCAAGAUUUAUGGACGCCUGAAGUGAAGAAAUUUUUGAAAACUAUACAAAUUGUUUAGGCAACGGUAAAAAGUGACGUAAAUAUCAAUUUGGUUUAUAAAGGUGUUAAGAAUUCAGAAAUAUGGUUGAAUGUGCUGUUUAAAAGUCAACUUUAUCUACACAAACGUAAAUUAAUACUGGAAAUACGGCGACAGGAACUAUAUACCCCCAUUUGUCCGUUUAGUUUAUAUAGUAAAUUAUUAAUAACAAUGGCAAAGAAACGUACUAAAGAAGUUAGUUUUGUUUAUAUUUGUGAAAGAAUUGUAACCAAACUAAUUUAGAUGUAUGACGAAAAGUUCUUACAAUACUGCCACAACUUUUAUCCGUUCAAACCGAAGGCAGUAAAAGUAAAAUACAUAUAUUUAAUACAGAUUAAACCGCUGUGUGAUUCCUGCAGUGAACUAACUUCUUUGGGACGUGCAAAAUCAACAAGUGAUUAGUUUAUUUUUACCUGAAUGUGUAAAUAUUUAUGUUAUAUAUCAGUGAAUACUUUUAAGUUGCUCUCCUCUUGAAGCUUCCUGUCAUAAAUGUGUAUCAAGAUAUGGCAUUUAUCCCACUAAACAUACGUCCUCCAUCAUGAAGUAAUUUGUCUCAUUGAAUUUGGUAGCUAGCAAAGGUGUGCAACAAGGGGUAAAGGAGAGUGGUGGAUGACGUGUUUAUCUUGGAAUCACAGUUUCGUAUCAAGAUGAGAAACUUCUACAAAAUAAUAUUGAACUUAAUACGAUCCCAACUUUAUAGCAAGAUUUGAAAUUCCCCCCAGAUAAUAGAAAUAUUGACAAAAUACGGAGAAAAUUGCCUUGUUUAACUAAUGAUCUCAGUUUUGUUACCGAGCUCAGAAACUUACCCCGAUACACGUUACUUAAUGAUUUAACACACUGAUACAUAACACAGGUGAAAUUCCAACAUCAGAAGUGGGAAUUCCAAGACAAACUCACCUGUUAUUUACUAAUCUAAAUUAACAACUGAAUAUAUUUGUGCUCCAGUGAAUUUAAAUGCUUCAACUGCCAAGGUCAUUAAAUGUCUUAGUGUUUACGCUUAAACAUCACCUCCUGAGAGUUAAUAAACAUGUCCUUAAAAUUCAGGGCACUUAAGAAUUCGUACUUCAUCACACCUUUUGUAAAUUCAUAUUCAGAAUACAACAAAGACAAAAGUAAGUCCUAUGAGAAAAAAACAUGACUUCUACAUAAUAUAAAACUGUGUCGGUAUUUAUAGUCAUAACUGUUAUUAAUACCAAAGAUUAUGUCUAGUCACAGUGUAAUAGUUGUAUGUUAUUUAUAUAAUAUUCUUAAAUGUGAUAACUAGAGUAUAAUUCUGUAUGCCAUAGAUGAGUUGUAUAGAUCUAUUUCUAACUUGUUGUAUGUAAUAAAUCAAAUUAGUGA